UCCUCCUCUCUGCCUGCUCAGGGACACUYCGGGGCUGCACUCAGCUGGCCACAUUUCCUCUUUCUGAGCACACAGCGAGCAUCCCGCCCAGGGUCAGGUGGAGUGUCCCGUUGUGCAGUAGCCAAGAUGUGGCCGUCCCUGUCCCUCCUGUGCGUUCUGGUGGCCUUCGCCAACGCUCGCAGCGUCCCUUACUUCCCUCCCCUCUCUGAUGACCUGGUCAACCACAUAAACAAGCUCAACACCACCUGGAAGGCAGGGCACAAUUUCCACAAUGCUGACAUGAGCUAUGUGAAGAAGCUCUGUGGCACCUUCCUGGGUGGGCCCAAGCUCCCCGAGAGGGUGGAUUUCGCUGCGGACAUGGAGCUGCCYGACAACUUCGACUCGCGGACACAGUGGCCCAACUGCCCCACYAUCAGCGAGAUAAGGGACCAGGGCUCCUGUGGCUCCUGCUGGGCUUUUGGCGCCGUGGAAGCGAUUUCRGACCGGAUCUGUGUCCACACCAACGCCAAGGUCAGCGUGGAGGUCUCAGCUGAGGAUUUGCUGUCGUGCUGUGGCUUCGAGUGUGGCAUGGGGUGCAAUGGGGGGUACCCCGCCGGCGCCUGGAGGUACUGGACAGAGCGGGGCCUCGUGUCCGGGGGUCUCUACGACUCCCACGUGGGCUGCCGGCCCUACUCCAUCCCACCCUGCGAGCACCACGUCAAUGGCACCCGACCCCCCUGCACYGGGGAGGGAGGAGGAACCCCGAGAUGCAGCCGGCACUGCGAGCCCGGCUACUCACCCUCGUACAAGGAGGACAAACACUAUGGCAUCACAUCCUAUGGCGUCCCUCGCAGUGAGAAGGAGAUCAUGGCUGAGAUCUACAAGAACGGCCCGGUGGAGGGAGCCUUCAUCGUCUACGAGGAUUUCCUGAUGUACAAAUCUGGGGUCUACCAGCACGUGUCUGGGGAGCAGGUGGGAGGCCACGCCAUCCGGAUCCUGGGCUGGGGCGUGGAGAAUGACACUCCCUACUGGCUGGUGGCCAACUCCUGGAACACCGACUGGGGGGAGAACGGUUUCUUCAAAAUCCUGCGAGGAGAUGAUCACUGUGGCAUUGAGUCCGAGGUUGUGGCUGGCAUCCCCAGGACAGAGCAGUACUGGAAGAAGUUCUAACCACAAAUGAUCAAACCACAAAUAAUCCUGAGUCCCUGAUGCUUUUAACUGAUAGUGGGUUGGGUGCAGAGACCCCCCUUCUAAAAGAGACUAUAGUUCAGGUUACUUUAUUAAAGCUUUUUAUCUUUUUUUUUUCCAUUUUUGUUGUUUUGGGUUUUUAAAAAAUUUUUGGUUUUUUUGGUUUUUUUUUGUUUUUUUUUUAAUCAUAUGGUGGAGCUGGAGGUGGAACUGCUCUCUGCCAACCUCCUGCUCCUCCUGGUGGGUCACAUCAGGACAUUGGGGCAUUCCCUGCUCAGAGGACUGCUGGAGAGCUCGCUGCCCUCCUGGAAUUUGCUUAGCCUGGACCCCUUCCAGCCCAGUUUGCCCUUAGAAGGGCAGGGAACAGCAGCUUUGUGCUGGGAUUAGGGACUUGGUGGGGCAGCAGAAGUGCAGGAUGCUGCUGGAAAGCCAUGGCCAGGGGAAUUUGUUCCCCCACAGAUGGGUUGAGCUGACUGUCUGCACCUGAAACAAGCAGGGAAGGAAGCAUUUCCUGCGAGUGUGUGCCUUGAAUUGGCUAAAUUAGACKUGUUAAUGACAAAACCACUGAUGAACUUGAUGURGGGGUGGCUCUGGCYGGAGCUGCCUGCACCGAGUCCCUCRGGCAUUGCCUGCUCUGCUCCAUCCUUCUGGCUUUUCAAACCACUUCUUCCUCAGCUUUCACUGGCUUUAUCUGCUAUACUCUGGGGUUAUUGGUGCUGGGGAAUGGCCUGGCUGGAGCUCUGUGAGCCUCUGAUCAAAUAUCCUGCAAAAACCUGRGAAGGAGCUGGGAAGAGCAAAGCCUUUGUCUUCUAUGGCUGAGCAGCUUGGUGUGUGCAGGGCAAGGGUGCUGCACCCAAAUUUUGGGUGUUUUGGGGUGCUUUGGGGCUGAAUGCUGAGGGAUGGUUCCCAAAUCUGCUGCAGGGAGCUCCAGCAGAUGCUUGGAGGUGUCUCAUUAGCUGGCACACAGUUUGAGCUUUUUUUUUCUUAAGCCACAGGCGUUAACAAAGGUUAAAAAAACUUAUUUUUGUUACUGGGGGGAGGUGUAACAGGUUGUGUAUAGGAGGAAUCGUGAUUUGCCAACACUAAUAUAGCAAAGAGCUUUUUUUUUUUUUUAAUUUUAAAGCACAAAAGGCGUUACUGAGCUGAGGCUGCGGGUCUGGAACGUGAGAAGCAGGCUCUCCAUGCACUGUAAAAUAGCCCCCCUACCUCUGCUUGCUCCCACAGCGGGGAGGCAGAGCUGUGCUGUGUUUGGCUGGAACACCUGUGCCAAUAAAUGAUUUCUCCAGUG